AUGAGGUUUUAUACAGUCGCAGCAGCAACGGCUUUAGUUGGAUUCACCAGUUACGCUGUCUACUUCGACUACAAACGCCGUAACGACACAGCUUUUAGAAAAUCUUUAAAGAAAGCUGCCGUUAAACAAGGUAAAGCUGAUAAAGCUGCUGCUGAAAAGGGCGCUAUGGAAAUGCAAGUCGCUCUCAAAGCUGCGGUUCUUGAAGCAAAUAUCGAGGUUGAAGCGUUCAAGAGGUCUGUCACUGGAGCUGAGCAAGGUGAAGCUUAUUUCAUGCAAAACGUCGGAAAUGGUGAAGUUUUGGCUUCAAUGGGCCCAGAAAGCGCCCUUAAAGCUGCAACAGCUUUCUUCAAGGCUCUCAAGGUCUAUCCUUCCCCUGUUGAGCUCUUGAUGAUCUAUGAGAGAACUGUUCCUCCACCAAUCUUCCAGUUGGUCAUGCAGAUGACUAGCCAAGAGGUUGCAAACGCUCAAUCUCAAAAGGCUCCCGAGCAACCAAAGUCUGGUUCUAUUGAGGAGAAUGUCACAGAAGAUUCUCAAAAGCCAUCGACAGAAGCCCCUACAGGUAUUCCAGCUUCUGCUCCCUCUGACACAAGCUCACACGAAUGGGAAAACAUUCAAUCUUAA